GAGGCGUCAUGAUGGCCGGGUCUCCCUCCAUGGCCGGCGGCUUCACGGCCACCGGACCGUCGGUCAGAAAGAGCGAGGAAAUAAUGGAUUUGAUAGAUUUGUUUUCGAAGAUGCAGUACAGAGCGAAGGAGUUCAUUCCACGGGUGGAGGCGAUAGAGAAGCGUUGUCUGGAGUUAUUUGCAAGAGACUACAAGUACAGCAUCAUCCACAACGCCAACGGAGAAGUGUGUGGCCAUUAUCCCCGGCAGAUAGUUUUUCUGGAGUACGAAUGCACGGAGGCCGAGAGAGACAGGUUUGAGAGCACAGUGCAGAUCACUAAGCUGCAGGAUCUGGUGAACAGGAGUAAGCUGGCUCGCUGCAGAGGGAGGUUCGUCUGUCCCGUCAUCCUCUACAAUGGCAAGCACAUUUGCCGAUCGUCCACUCUGGCUGGAUGGGGAGAGCUGUAUGGACGCACAGGAUACAACUACAUCUUCUCAGGGGGCACUGAUGACACGUGGACGGAGUCUGAGGAGGUUCCAGAGGAUGACAGUGCUGCCAGGAACGGGGACUCCCAGCUCUUCGACAAGGUCCGGGGUCACGACAUUAAGCUGCUACGUUACCUCUCGGUUCGCUACAUCUGUGACCUGAUGGUGGAGAACAAGAAGGUUAAGUUUGGCCUAAAUGUGACGUCCUCUGAGAAGGCGGACAAGGCCCAACGUUACGCCGACUUCACCUUGCUCUCUGUGCCUUAUCCAGGGUGUGAGUUUUUUAAAGACUACAAAGACAGAGACUACACAGCAGAGGGUCUGGUGUUCAACUGGAAUCAGGACUAUGUGGAUGCUCCUUUGACAAUCCCUUUGCGCUUUACUCAGAACUUGAACAUUGACUGGACUCGAUACCAGUCGUGGGACCUGGUGGAACAGACCCAGAACUAUUUGAAGCUGCUGCUCCACAUCAUCAACAGUGAUGAUGAGAGCGGCCUCCUGGUGCACUGCAUAUCAGGCUGGGAUCGGACGCCUCUUUUUGUGUCCCUCCUCAGGCUCUCUCUUUGGGCAGACGGAGCCGUGCACGCCAGCCUGGAGCCAGCGGAGAUCCUGUAUCUAACCAUCGCUUACGACUGGUUCCUCUUCGGUCACAUGCUGCCAGAUCGACUCUCCAAAGGGGAGGAGAUUUUCUUUUUUUGCUUCAAUUUUUUGAAGCACAUUGUCUCAGAGAAGUUCUCUGCUGUAAAGAAACAGAGAAGGAAGAACUCCCACAUCAAAGAAAGUGAUUUCACUGUGGAAGACCUCUGCCAGUUAAAGACGAGGGAUCGUGGCAGUGUGACCAGUCUGAGCAGCGAGUUUUCCCUCAUCACCGAGGAGGCGGGCGGCGCCUCCAGCCUCACCAACGACACUGUGGACCUGUUCUCCAGCCAACCCCAGGCCAGCUGGAGAAAAGGCCCCGCCUCCUCUCCUCAGAUGGUUGUUUGGAAUAAACAGAACCCUUUGGAAGAGCACCUCUCUCAUCCGCUCAGCGAGGCCAGGUCUUCCAGCUCCUCGUCCUCCAACCAAUCAGAACACGGCGUCGCUCGCACUGGCAGCAGCCCAUUGGCUGUCCCCGGGAGAAGGUUAGCAGCAGACUACGCUCGGUCAGGGUCCUCCCUCUCUACAGAGUACGGGAGUUGGCAGAUAGUUUCUGGUUGUGGCAGCAUCCACGACCACGCUCAUUUCCCUCCACCUCUGGCCUCGGCCUCCUCCACGUCGUCCGCUGUCGCUGCCGCCUACGACUCCCCCCUGCCCUUCAGUUUUCAGGAUGAAGGACCCAGUGGACGAAUGUGUCCCUUCCCCUCUGAGCGUCAGGCCCGUCUGGAGGCCGUGCGGGAAGUCUUCCUGGCAGCCUACAGCUCCACCGUGGGCCUCAAGUCCUCCGCCCCCAGCCCCUCCGGCGCCAUCACCGGCCUGCUGGAGCAGUUCGCCCGCGGGGUGGGCCUCCGGGGCACCAACGCCAUCGUCUGAGACCGCCCGACGUGACUUCAGACCUUCCUCCUGCUUCCAUCCUUCCAUCCAUCAACAUGUCUAGACUCAGUACAAUGAAGUGCCAAACAUCUCUGUUCACGUCAGGGCGGUGAAGCAUUACUUUAUUUUUUCUUGAAAUUCCCUUGAUUUUGUUUUGAAAUCAUACAUGCCCCGGAUUAAUGUUUUUUUUUUUUUUUUUGUGCUUCAGCAGCUUUUUCUCUGGACUUUUAAUCUUCGAUAAUGUCGGGGGAGGGGUAACGGUUUCAGCCACGGUAUCAAAAAGGGAUCGUUAAAUGUAAAAAAGGCUGAGAGCUUGAGAUUUGUUCCUCUCACAAGGCAGAACAUAAAGAAGUCCUCCGUUCUUCCUUCAGCUUUUUGUUCAUUUUUUAAAAAAAAUUGUAGAAGAUUUCUUGCAGCGACCGUCCCAUGUACAGGAAGUGAUAGUUUAUUAUUAUUUUUUCUCUCUCUUUUUUUUUUUUUGUGCUGCUAUUCUUUAUCGACCCCAGCAGAGGGAAGCGCUUUUGUUCGUAUAGAUUCUGUUCACUCAGUCAAGCAGUGACAUGAAUCCGUCAUUCAUAAUAUCAAGUUUGAUCUAUUUGAGUCAGUGCCUGGGUUUCGUCAAUGACCCCGUAUACUCUCCAGCAUGAUUAUGAAUUUCCGACCUGGAAGUAUCCCUCUCUCUGACACAAAAAUACUCAAAUGUCAGUCUGUGUGUUUGUCUAGUUAAUUGUAAAAAACAAAAUCUCAUUACACUUAAUAGAAGCCACAUUCACCUGACAAGUCUAGAUAAACAUUUUAUUUCAAGAGAUCCGCACACCAAGGAGCUCCCGUUAAAGGAUUUAUUGACAAAUGAGGUCCGUGUGCUCAUUGGUGUGCUGAUCUUCUUUUUAUUUUUUCCUGUUUUUGGAUCCAGCACCCACUCAGGGAUGUGCGUGUCUUUUUAAGACAUUAUACAUUUAAAAAAAAAAAAAAAGGCCUGAAUUGCUUGUAAAGAGUAAAAAAUAUCUGCCGCUGCAGCAUCAAAAUGUACUCGUUAAGUUUCUUUAAGAUCAAGAUCUCAUUUUUAGAGACUUCACAAGUACCCGUACUUGUCAGGUGAAUUUUUUUUUUUUUUUUUGUGUAAUGAGAGAUUUCUGACUGGAAAUUAACAAACACAUCUACUAAAGAUUUGAGUUUCUGCAGUGCUGUUCUGACUCAGUCCAAAGACAAACGGUGUUCACACCUGUUCUGAAACAUCACACCUGCAGGCUAGAAGAGACAGCUGUCACAGAGGAGGGACGAGGGCCCAUGUUCAAGAAGAAAUGAGGGUGCACACUGCUGCAAGAGGAGUUUAGGUCCUGGCUUUUAUCUCACCUGCAAGCGUGUCGUCUUCCCCGUGUUUGGUGGUGCUGAUCGUAGUCAGAAAGUUGCAGAAUUUGCCGGAUGCAACGGUGCAAUUCAGAUUUAAAUUUGAAGAGAGCGAAAGUGGGUUUCAUGCCUCGUUGAUGAACCAAUAAGCACUUAUUUUUCCACGAUGAGUGAUGAGAAAAAAGUGCAUCAGUCACACUUUUAGGAUGAGCAGAAAGCUUAUUAUCACAGAGGGGAAAAGUUGACCCUCUUUCUUACAGUGUAGUUUAAAAAAAGUGACCACCCCACAGCCAGUCGAUGCUAUUUUAAAAAAUCCAAGAUCUUCUCAGUGAACGAGAUCAUGUCAAGUUAAAAGAGACGAGGACUCUGCUAAAUCGCUUCACACAGCACACUUUAUGAAACGUUACUCCAGCAGCAGGACGGUGCCAAGAAAAGUGUCCAAGCAAUGAUCUCAUAAGAAAUCAUUCUGCAUUCACAGGAUUCACGCAGACGUGAAGGCGUCGAGCUUAACGUUGCGCUCCAACUCUUUUUCAUGGACAAACAUGAGCGAAGGAUACACCCAAGUGCAGCUCGUCUUCCACUCUGUAAAUAAUGUUCAAAUCCUCUCAUGGAUUCAUUUUCUAACAGGCAGCUCGAUGACAAAGCAACACGCAUUACUAACAACAGACACAGUACUUAUUUAUUGAAUUGAUAGCAGUUGAUUCUUCACACUCAAUACAUCUCCACCACAGCUCCCAGCCAGCCUUUUCAGUCAGACUGUUUAUUUUUAGUUUCCACUCAGUGCGAGCUCUACGUCUGCCUGAAUCAUGGUGAAUGCAGAAUCUCGGUCGUCUUUUAUCGCCCUGGUUUAUUUUUUAAAUUUUUUUUAUACAUUCUCUGUUAUAACUCAAGUGAAUACUCCUCCUUCAGUAGCACUGACACGGUAGCACACGAGGCGCUGAGCGUUGUGGUAGCAAGUUUAUAAACCGAUGCGUCUUCGAUUUGUUUUCUAUUUUCUCGUUGGACUCUUUUGAAGAGAAGUCUGAUUCUCUGAUUCUCGGCCUCGGCUCAGAUUUCCCCACCCAGCUGCAGACAGACGUUUUCUUACCUGGGCUACUUUUGACGUCGUUUUGUUCUGGAGAGACGUGAUUUCAACUGAACUUGUCGGUGUUGCCAGCUGCUGUACCUCAGGACCUUUUUUUUUUUUUGUUGUUGUUGUGCCUUUUUUGAUUGAGCAACACUGAAUCGGAUCUGCACCUGUUCCGGGUCCGGGUUUGAAGAGUUUAGGGUGUUUGCAGCUGGUUGCUUUUUGGAAGUUUGGGGGCUGUAGAGCAUUAUCAGCGUUAACUUUUUGCAAUAAGUCUCGUUAAGGUUUCUGCUUUAAUCGUUCACCUGGUUGCAGGAUUUGAGCCUUUUUAUUUUGUUGCACAGUAGCUUGAAGCUGUGAGGUCUCAUGGACGACCCUGAUGAGGGGAAACAUCAGUCAGUGGACACGUUUUCAUCCACCCUCAGAGUUACAGAAAAUGUUGUCACCCCUGUCGCCUGAUGUAUUUUACCGGUUAAAACUUAAGGAUUUGUUAUCGAUAUCAUGUCUGCAUUCAGUGCGGUGCUUUUGCAAGGAUGUGUUUGCUAACAUGGGCAUCAAGACCUCAGGAAGAAACAGCUAGCUUAGCUUUCUUUAAAAGUCAAAACACAAUGCAAACCAACCCGUUUGAAAUCUCUUGAUUCCACUUUGUUCGAAACAUAUAUUUGAAAAAGGUCAGUUUGACAUAAUUGGGAAGUUAUGUAGUGAAACUUUAAAUAAAACAAAGGGCCUUUUAAAAGGACGGUUUAAGGCCCCGUGUCCACCCAGCGUCUUUCCUGAGCUGAAAAGCACUUAGUAACACUUGCAUGAAGCGUUCGUGUGCUGAGAAGAAAAGCGCCGCAUGUCCCGUCGCUAUGACAACAGAUUGUUGAAAGCAGCCGCUGCAUGACCGACACAGCUCCGUUACUUUUUAUUUUUAAUUUUUUUUUAGAUUGUUUAUUUCCCCAUCAGGCGCGGAGCAAAGAGGAUGUUGAUACAGGACACGAUCAGUAGGCGGCUAAAAUACGGGGAAUAUCAAACAUUUUGAAAAGAGCGCCGGUGACGUCAACAGCACUUUCCUUAAAGUUGAACUUCCAGCGCUCGGAGCCGCAGCACAAAAACAGGCAAAACGAGACGCUGGGGCCCUUUUCUUAUUUCUCUCCAGGCGGCCGCUUUCUGCUGCAGACGCUCUCUACUCGUUGAAAACAACAGAAAUAAGACGCUUGCGCUCAGAGAAAAAAACCGCUAGGUGGACACCGGGUCUAAGGUCGGGUUAAACAAAGAAGAAUCGUGUUGAUCGUUCAGUUUUCAGUUUGUUUGGUGUAUUUUGCAGACGAGCUGUUCUCCCUUAGUCCAAGUCUUUUUGCUAAGCUAGGCUAACUACGUCCUGUUUUUAACUCUUCACGUACAGAUAUGAAGGCAGGAUCCGUUUUUACAUCAGACUCCCAAGACUGAACUUUUGAUUAAACACAUUUCUCUAAAUGUUUCUGUUCUCUUUCUGAGCUUUAAGAAAAGUUUCACUUUUGUAUGCCAGUUUUUUUCAGACUUGUGGGCGUGGCCUCAUCUUCCUGUCAUGUCUUAAGCUUUCUCUUUUGUUUUCAUCUGUCCUGAGGAGGAUUUCUAAUAUCAAGCUGCGGAUCGGACGAUUCUCCCAAAAACAGCAUUACUGUCGGUUUCAAGCUGCUAAGUUUGUCCUCAUCUUACGGUGCUUAAAGACUCUUACUGAUUUCUUUCUCACUCAGUUUGUCACUUCUUUUUUUUUCACUCACUGGUUUUUUUGCAUGAAUUUGCAGUUUUAUCUCAACUGCACCAUUUAAUGGUUUUAUUUGUUUUAAGUUUUUUUUUUUUAUGACAGAGUCUCUUAUGAAAAUGCUGCAUUGCACUCGUCCGGAUGUUCUCUGUGUAAAGAAUAUUCUUUGUACAGUUGAUGCAUUUUAAUUCAUUGAAACUUUUUUGUUUUUUUUGUUUUCUUAAUUGUUGGCGGUCGGCAGGCUACAAAGUGAACCGAGCUGCAGGUGGCAAUUCUGAAUUAAAACAAAAUGUGACUUGCUUCA